UAUUUUGACAAGAAAAAAGAUAUAAAAGAAAAAGGAAAUAAAAAAUCGGCUAUAUGCGAUUAUAGAUACACACAAACUAUCUCUCGCAAACACUCCGAUUACUACGUCGGAAAAGCCUUCUUCUCCGGCGAAUUUGGCCGCCUCUCUUUCCCCUUUCCCCCAAUUUUACGGUUUAAACCCUAAAUAUGGUGUUUGUCCAAUCCCCUUUCCACAAAACCCUAACCGUCAAUCUUAAUCCUUCGACCACCACUUUACAGGCCCUCAGCCUCCACCUCCAGCGCAACCACCUCAUACCAAUUUCUCAGCAGCGCCUCUACCUGUCGCCGCGCCUCCUCUCUAAUCACGAAAAUGACGCCGUGUUCCUGUCCGAUUUGGGGGUUUCCCCAAAUUCAACCCUAACCCUACACAUCCCUUUCCUCGGCGGUAUGCAGGCGCCCGUGGCUCCCAAGGUCAGGACCGACUUCCUCAACACGAAGCCGCCUCCGAAUUACGUAGCCGGGCUAGGCCGUGGAGCCACCGGCUUCACCACCCGGUCCGAUAUCGGUCCGGCCCGAGCCGCGCCCGACCUUCCUGACAGAUCCGCGGCGGCGAUUGGUGCUCCAGGGGCCCCCGGCGUCGGCCGCGGCCGCGGGAAGGGAGCCGGCGAGGAGGAAGAGGAGGAGGAGAGCGAGGAGAAGGGGUACGACGAGAAUCAGAAAUUCGACGAAUUCGAGGGGAACGACGCUGGAUUGUUUGCUUCCGCGGAGUACGAUGACGAGGACAAGGAAGCCGAUGCGGUGUGGGAGGCGAUUGAUAAGAGGAUGGAUUCUCGGCGGAAGGAUCGGAGGGAGGCGCGGCUGAAGGAGGAGAUUGAGAAGUAUCGAGCUUCGAACCCAAAGAUCACGGAGCAGUUUGCCGAUUUGAAGAGGAAAUUGUACACGUUAUCGACUGAGGAAUGGGAUAGCAUACCGGAGAUUGGCGAUUACUCGUUAAGGAACAAGAAGAAACGAUUCGAGAGCUUCGUUCCGGUCCCGGACACAUUGUUGGAGAAGGCGAGGCAGGAGAAGGAGCAUGUUAGCGCCUUGGACCCGAAGAGCAGAGCGGCCGGUGGGACUGAGACGCCGUGGGCGCAGACGCCGGUCACGGAUUUGACUGCAGUUGGUGAAGGGAGAGGAACUGUGUUGUCGUUGAAGCUUGAUAGAUUGUCUGAUUCUGUAUCUGGAUUGACAGUGGUGGAUCCUAAAGGUUAUUUGACAGAUUUGAAGAGUAUGAAGAUCACUAGUGAUGCAGAGGUUUCUGAUAUAAACAAGGCGAGGCUGUUGCUCAAAUCUGUAACGCAGACGAAUCCGAAGCACCCUCAUGGCUGGAUUGCAGCAGCUAGGUUGGAGGAGGUGGCAGGGAAGCUGCAGGCAGCUCAGCAGUUGAUCAGAAAAGGAUGCGAAGAAUGUCCAAAAAGCGAAGAUGUUUGGCUCGAGGCGUGUCGCUUAGCCUCCCAUGCUGAUGCCAAGGCUGUGAUUGCGAGGGGUGUGAAGGCGAUUCCGAAUUCGGUGAAGCUGUGGAUGCAGGCAGCGAAGCUUGAGCUGGAUGAUGUGAAUAAGAGUAGAGUGUUGAGGAAGGGGCUCGAGCAUAUCCCGGAUUCUGUAAGGCUCUGGAAGGCGGUGGUCGAGCUUGCUAACGAGGAAGAUGCGAGGCUUUUGUUGCAGAGAGCUGUGGAAUGCUGCCCGUUGCACGUGGAGCUGUGGCUGGCUCUUGCUAGACUAGAAACGUAUGAGAAUGCGAAGAAGGUGCUGAAUAAGGCGAGGGAGAAGCUCUCGAAGGAGCCUGCGAUAUGGAUCACUGCCGCCAAGUUGGAAGAGGCUAAUGGUAAUACUAGCAUGGUUGGGAAGAUUAUAGAGAGGGGUAUUCGGGCGUUGCAGAGGGAAGGCGUUGAGAUUGAUAGAGAAAUGUGGAUGAAGGAGGCUGAGGCAGCUGAGAGAGCUGGCUCUGUUGCUACAUGUCAGGCGAUAAUUCACAACACGAUUGAAAUCGGGGUGGAGGAAGAAGAUAGGAAGAGGACUUGGGUUGCUGAUGCAGAAGAGUGCAAGAAGAGAGGCUCGAUUGAGACUGCGAGGGCCAUCUACGCCCAUGCUCUCACCGUGUUCUUGACGAAGAAGAGCAUAUGGCUGAAGGCUGCUCAGCUCGAGAAGAGCCACGGUACCCGGGAAUCUCUGGAUGCGCUGCUGCGAAAGGCUGUUACUUACAUACCACAUGCGGAGGUUUUGUGGCUCAUGGGUGCAAAGGAGAAGUGGCUUGCUGGGGAUGUGCCCGCUGCUCGGGCAAUUCUUCAAGAAGCAUAUGCUGCAAUCCCUAACUCGGAGGAGAUCUGGCUUGCUGCGUUCAAGCUUGAGUUUGAGAAUCACGAGCCAGAGAGGGCGAGGAUGCUUCUUGCAAAGGCUCGAGAGAGGGGAGGGACGGAGCGAGUGUGGAUGAAAUCCGCGAUUGUUGAGAGAGAAUUGGGGAACACUGCAGAGGAGAGGAGGUUGUUGGAUGAAGGGCUGAAGCUUUUCCCUUCAUUUUUCAAGCUCUGGUUGAUGCUCGGGCAGUUGGAGGAGCGUCUUACUAACUUGGAGCAGGCGAAGGAGGCGUACGAGUUGGGGCUGAAGCACUGUCCAAACUGUAUCCCUUUAUGGCUCUCACUUGCUCACUUGGAGGAGAAAGUGAUUGGUUUGAGUAAGGCUCGCGCGGUUCUGACCAUGGCUAGGAAGAAGAACCCUCAGAACCCUGAGCUCUGGCUCGCUGCAGUGCGAGCUGAGUCCCGACACGGGCACAAGAAGGAGGCCGAUAUCUUGAUGGCAAAGGCGUUGCAGGAGUGCCCGACCAGUGGGAUCCUCUGGGCUGCGUCCAUAGAGAUGGUGCCUCGGCCCCAGCAGAAGACGAAGAGCAGGGACGCGUACAAGAGGUGCGGGGACGACCCUCACGUCCUCGCUGCUGUGGGGAAGAUAUUCUGGCACGAUAGGAAGGUUGACAAGGCGAGGUCGUGGUUCAACCGGGCUGUGACGCUGGCUCCGGAUAUUGGGGAUUUCUGGGCGCUGUACUACAAAUUCGAGCUCCAGCACGGUGGCGAGGAUAUGCAGAGGGAUGUGCUGAACAGAUGCGUCGCGGCAGACCCGAAGCACGGGGAGAGGUGGCAGGGGAUAUCGAAGGCUGUGGAGAACUCGCAUCAGCCUACGGAGUUCGUGCUGAAGAAGGUGGUGGUCGCGAUAGGGAAAGAGGAUCACGCAGCUGAGAAUGGGAAGAACUAAGUUAGGUUUUUUCACCUGAAUGCUGCUGAGUUUAGUGUAACAAUGUAAGGUGUUUGUGAAUUUUGACAUGUUUUAUGUUAUGAUAUUUGAUGAUUUUUGUGGA